AUGCACAAAAAGAGUAUUGCGACGACAGUAAAGAAUGAGAGCAUAGUGAAACGGAGAAGAGAAUAUGAAAUGGAAUUCAAGGACAAUAGUUCGAGUUGCGAUAAUCUUAAUGCUUGUCAGGAAAUUCGGAAAAUGUCCAGUCAAGAAUCGGUUGAAGGGUCAUCAUCAAUAGUUGUAUUUAGGAGCCGUAAAGGUGCAGGAGGAAGUACAACAUCAAGAAGGAAACGUAUUUCCGGAGCGUCAGAUUCAUCAAAUGACGCUGAAGAUAAGAAUGAGGUGGUGAAAUAUGUCGAUGGACGAAAGAGAAGGAAAAAUCCGAUGAUACAGUCGACAAUCAGCAAGAAGGUCCAGAAAGCAUCGGAAUCCACGUCAGACAGCACAUCAUCAUCUUCGGGUGAAGACGAAUUAAUUCAGGAUGAUCCGUUGCGUGUCACCUUUGCGUCGAGUGGAACAGAACGUGCUGGACCAUCAGAUAUGGGUGCAACGGCAAUCAGUGAGAUUGAUACUGAUGUGAAGAGCGAUGCUCAGGCUCAAUUUGAACGAGUACAGCAAAUUUUGAAAGAGGAACGGGAUGAUAAGGUAUAUCGCGGUGCGGCGCUUUAUGGAGCAAAGGAGAAAAAAGAUACGGUUUGGGGAAAUGCUUCAUCAGGACUUAAUCGAUUUGGGCCUAUCAGAGCACCGAAUUUUUUGAGACAGUCAGUAAGAUGGGAUUUUGCACCAGACAUUUGCAAGGAUUAUAAGGAAACUGGAUUUUGCACAUUCGGAGAUUCUUGUAAAUUUCUGCACGACCGUACUGAUUACAAACAUGGCUGGGAAAUUGAACGUGAUUAUACUGCCGGUAGGAUGAAAGAGGAUGACGAAGACAAGUAUCGGAUAAGUAGUGAGGAUGAGAAGGAAGAAGAGAGUGAACUACCAUUCAAGUGUUUCAUCUGUCGACAGUCAUUUGUCAAUCCAGUCGUUACGAAAUGCAAGCAUUAUUUUUGUGAAAAAUGUGCAUUGGGACACUUCCAAAAGACGUCGAAAUGUUACAUAUGCGAGCAGAAUACGAUGGGAAUUUUCAAGGUUGCCAAAGAUUUGAUUGUUAAACUGAAAGAAGAUGAGGAGAAUCAAAAAGAUGAUUCAAAAAAUAAUGACGAGGGCGAAGAAAAUGAAGCAAAAGGUGGUGGAACGGAUUUAAAUACCGAGUGAAUUAAUUACAAACUUUCAUACGAUACUUGA